AUGAAAUUCUAUAUUGAUGAUUUACCAGUACUAUUUCCUUAUCCAAGAAUAUACCCUGAACAAUAUGCAUAUAUGAGUGAUAUCAAAAAGACAUUAGAUGUUGGAGGAAAUUGUAUAUUAGAAAUGCCUUCAGGUACUGGUAAAACAGUAUCAUUAUUAUCAUUAACAAUAGCUUAUCAAAUACAUUAUCCUGAACAUAGAAAAAUAGUAUACUGUUCACGUACAAUGUCAGAAAUUGAAAAAGCAUUAAUUGAAUGUCAUAAAUUAAUGGAAUAUAGAGCAAAUGAAUUAGGAUAUGUUGAAGAAUUUAGAGGAUUGGGGUUAACAAGUAGAAAAAAUUUAUGUUUAAAUCCUUUAAUAUCUAGAGAAAAAAAGGGUAAUGUUGUUGAUGAAAUGUGUAGACGUGUAACAAAUGGUCAAUUAAAAGAAAAAAUUGAAAGAGGUAUUGUAACUCCUGAAAUGGAAGAAAAAGAUCCUGAAAAAUAUUCUUUAUGUUCAUAUCAUGAAAAAUUAUAUGAAUAUGAUCAACAUGAUUUAAUACCUGCAGGAGUAUAUUCAUUUGAUGCAUUAAUAAAAUAUUGUAAAGAACAAGGUACAUGUCCUUAUUUUACAGUACGUAGAAUGAUACCAUAUUGUAAUUUAAUAAUUUAUUCAUAUCAUUAUUUAUUAGAUCCUAAAAUUGCUGAUAGAGUUUCAAGAGAAUUAUCAAAAGAUAGUAUUAUAAUAUUUGAUGAAGCACAUAAUAUUGAUAAUGUUUGUAUAGAAUCAUUAUCAUUAGAUUUAACUGAAGAUUCAUUAAAAAGAGCAACAAGAGGUGCAAAUAAAUUAGCUGAUGCAGUUGAUGAAAUGAAAAUUCAAGAUAGUGAAAAAUUACAAAAUGAAUAUGAACAAUUAGUUGAGGGAUUAAGACAAGCUGAAGUUGAUAGACAAGAAGAAUUAUUUAUGUCAAAUCCAAUACUACCUCAAGAUUUAUUAGAUGAAGCUAUACCAGGAAAUAUAAGAAAAGGAGAACAUUUUAUAUCGUUUCUAAAGAGAUUUAUUGAAUAUUUAAAAACAAGAAUGAAAGUUUUACAUGUUAUAAGUGAAACUCCAACAAGUUUUUUACAACAUUUAAAAGAAUUAACUUAUAUUGAUAAAAAGCCUUUAAGAUUUUGUACUGAAAGGUUAAGUUUGCUAGUAAGAACUUUAGAAUUACAAGAAAUUGAAGAUUUUAAUGCUUUAAAAGAUAUUGCAACUUUUGCUACAUUAGUUUCAACUUAUGAUACUGGUUUUCAAUUAAUUUUAGAACCUUUUGAAACUGAAGGUUCGACUGUUCCAAAUCCCAUAUUACAUUUUACAUGUCUUGAUGCAUCGAUUGCAAUAAAACCAGUAUUUGAAAGAUUUUCAUCAGUUAUUAUUACAUCUGGUACUAUUUCACCAUUAGAUAUGUAUCCAAAAAUGUUAAAUUUUCAAACUGUUAUACAAGAAUCUUAUGCAAUGACAUUAGCAAGAAGAUCUUUUUUACCAUUAAUUAUAACAAAAGGAUCAGAUCAAGUUUCAAUUUCUUCAAGAUUUGAAAUUAGAAAUGAUCCUUCAGUUGUUCGAAAUUAUGGUUCAUUAUUAAUUGAAUUUGCCAAGAUAACACCAGAUGGUAUGGUUGUUUUUUUCCCAUCAUAUUUAUAUAUGGAAUCAAUUAUAUCAAUGUGGCAAACAAUGGGAGUAUUAGAUGAAGUUUGGAAACAUAAAUUAAUAUUAGUUGAAACUCCAGAUGCUCAAGAAACUUCAUUAGCUUUAGAAACUUAUAGAAAAGCUUGUUCAAAUGGUAGAGGUGCAAUAUUAUUAUCUGUUGCUCGUGGUAAAGUAUCUGAAGGUAUUGAUUUUGAUCAUCAUUAUGGUAGAACAGUACUAAUGAUUGGUAUUCCUUUCCAAUAUACAGAAUCAAGAAUUUUAAAAGCAAGAUUAGAAUUUAUGAGAGAUCAUUUACAAAUUAAAGAAAAUGAUUUUUUAAGUUUCGAUGCAAUGAGACAUGCAGCACAAUGUUUGGGAAGAGUUUUAAGAGGUAAAGAUGAUUAUGGAAUUAUGAUAUUAGCAGAUAGAAGAUUUGCAAGAAAAAAAAAUCAAUUACCAAAAUGGAUUGCUCAAGCUUUAAAUGAUUCAGAUACAAAUUUAUCUACAGAUAUGGCUUUGGCUACAUCAAAAAAAUUUUUAAGAAGUUUAGCUCAACCUUCAAAUCCAAAAGAUCAGGAGGGAGUUUCAGUAUGGAAUAUUGAUCAAUUAGAAAAUUAUCAAAAACAAUUUAAUAAAAUGGAAAUAUUAGAAGAAAAACAAAAUGAAAUUUCAAAAGCUGAAAUUGGUGAACCUAAUGUUAAUGAUGAUAAUGAUUUUAUGGAUUUAGAUGACGCAGAUAUAGAAUUAUUGUAA